CCCUGGUAAUGAAUCUCGUGUAAUGAAAAUGCUAAAUCGCAUAUUCGAGAUUGGAUCAACUAUAGUAAUAGGUACGAAGGGCUGCAUACAUCUGGCCAUGGUUAUUGUGGUGAACUUGAGGAAGUUCUUAAAAUUGUGAAGCCACGCCAUUUUCUACCCAUUCAUGGAGAACUGUUGUUUCUAAAAGAGCAUGAACUCCUUGGGAGAUCAACUGGCAUUCGACAUAGUACAGUUAUAAAGAAUGGAAGAUGCUUGGUGUUUCCCACUCGAGGAAUAGAAGAGUACUUUCUAUCGGUUUUAUUUCUCUUGGGAAGGAGAAUUUGCAGUUGAUGUAUAGUGAUGGUGAUAAAGCAUUUGGCAAAACUACCGAACUCUGCAUUGAUGAGAGACUAAGAAUUGCUUCAGAUGGAGAUAUUGUGGUCAGGUAUGUAUUGACAAGGCCUGCUGGAAAAAGAUGCAUUGUGGUAUCUUCAAACGGAAUAACAGUUAGUAGGCUACGGAAUGGCUCUGUUUUGCAUCAUUUCCCAUCUGCUUUGCCUUGUGGGGCGAGAACUCAAGACCAGUCUGGGCUCUUCUGAAUCCUAUUGUAUACUUGACUGCAUAUUUCAAGAGGUUUACUUUAUUUUUGUUAUUUCUUACAAUCCGUUUGUUUCUUGGUUUUGCCUCAAUGUUUGUUGAAAACCUCAUAGCGGUUGUGGUUGUUGGGUGCAGUCCGAUCAAACUUAUUACGUCAUUUACAUGGUUUGUUGGCAGGGAUACUCUGUCUAUGAUUGCACUGCUGAGUUCAGACUUUUUUGCUUGCAAGUGCUAUAUCCAAACUCUUGAAACCCUUCAUCUAGAGUGGUGCUUAACUAUAUAUCUUUUGAUUUGAUUAUACUGUAAUUAUAACAUUAUGUUAGAAGGGAGUUGAGAUGAGGAAUUUAUGAUUGCAUUUUUAAAUACCUCAAUGUAAUUCUAACUUCAUUUAGGUUUCAAAAACCUGCAGAUGGGAUAUUUGUGCUGUCACUGACUCUUCUUCAAGCAGCUCAUGAGUGGAAGGCAAGGAGACCUCGUAUUGACUCUGUAGAAGAAGAAGGUCAAGCCAAGAUUUUCGCCUACUGUUUAUAGCUUAAAGAGUUAAAAUAACAAAGUUAGUUGUAAGUCACUAAUAAUGAAAGUGUCGUAGCAUAAGCCUUGUGUGAAAGUCCAGGUCAGCCAUUUGUUAGUACAGCUUAGCAAGUUGAUAAAGAUAAGUUAUUGUUGAUCCUAAAAUCACGCCGUGAUUAUAAAAACAGAAAUUAAAGAAAAAUUUAAUGCAAAAAUGAAUUUCCUUCUUAUUGAAGAAGUUGGAAUACAGGGGAAUAUAUAUACAUGGAG